AUGUUGAGAGGAGAAGGAGGUUUGUCAAACCCUAAAUCGAACUUAGGGUCAGAAGCAGUAAAUCCGGCAUACCAAGCCACCCUCAUCAGCUGCACCCCAAAAACGAGCACCCAUCCGCAAACCAACCCUCUCACCACAUGCACCGUCCAGGCUGGCACACCCAUCUCUUGCCCGAGCCCAAGCCCCCUCAUCAGCUGCAGCAAACGGUACCCCUCGUACACCAGUGGAGCCACCAGCCACACAGGGGACCCCCACUGCCACGUCAGCAUCUCCGUCAGCAUCUGCACCGUCAGCAGCAGGAGGUACGGGCCCAACAGGACCGCGAACGGGACGAAGCCCAUUCUCGGCUGCAGCAGCCCGAGCCCGUUUUCCGAGCCUAGGUACGCCAAAAGUGGGACAACGAAUCCCGCUUUGGAGCUCUCGUCGGGGCCCGCGCGGGCUGCUGAGUCAGCCAUGAGGAGGAAAAGGGAGGCGCCGAGGUUGAAAAUGCAGUCGAGGCCCGUGAGGGAGAGGAGGCCCGAUACAGUUGGGCCCGGGAAUAUGGAGGAGAUGGGGAGCCAUAGGGUGGGGACCAUGCCCGUGAGAAGGAGGGUGGUGGGGCCCAGUAGAUAUAGAGGGGUUGUUCUAAUGGAGGUUUUUGGAAGUGAGGUGUUCGGUUUUUGUGGCGAUCGAGGUCUCGGGAGGUUCGUUUGGGGAGUUUAA